UACAGACAAGUUCACCUCUGUUCCUUACCUGUUCCUCAUACCCACUGCUUCUGUGCUGAAGAGCUUCCCUGGGGGAACCUGAGGGACUCUUUCUGGAGCCAUGAGGGGAGCCCAGUGGAGGAGGGUCCCCUGGGUGUUCCUGAGCUGUUUAUGUUCCCGUCUCCUUUGGCCAAUUGUCCUGGCACCUUCCACGAAUGGACAGGCUCAGACAACACAGACCACUGGAGUACCUCAAACCAGCAUCAUGAACGAGACCAUGAGAGACUCUCAAACCAGCACUACCUUGGCUAUGAGCAGACCAAAUACUUCAUCCCACCUAAGUACACAAACCCUUAGACAACACAAUUCUGAGGACAUAGCCACUUAUGGCAAAAUAGGAACUUCAUCUGCUUCCACUGUCAGCAACAAAUCUUCCAUGACGUCAGAUAUGUCCGAGUCCCUGAACUCCACAGAGAACAUUUCAGUCUUUUCUAGUGCAAGAAAAACACAUGUCGUGACAUCAGAGUUCCGCCAAACACCAAUCUCCACAGACACCACUGUGGGAAACACACAACACACAUCAUACCCUGAAACAUCAAGUUUUACUGCUGUCGCCUCAACAAUCUCAGAGUCAACUGGACUAGAGGAACAGUCCAUGGCACCCUCUUCCAUCACUUCUGCUUCAGAGACCACAGCGUCUUCUCAAAGCCAAAGGACACAGACCAAGGACAGCAGCAGAGAAUCUCAAAGCAGCACGAGAUUGGCAGUGAUCACAAAAACCCCUUCAUCCUCCCCAAAUGGACACACCCUUACAGACAGCACCUCACAGGAGACAUCCACCUCUGGGGAAGCAAGGACUUCAUCUCCUUCUAGUGUCAGCCACAAACCUUCCACAGUGUCAGAAAUGCCCACGUCAACAACGUCCACAGAUGAUACUUCAGCCUCUUCCAGUACAAGCAACAGACAUCAAAUGACAUCAGAGUUCCGCCAGACACCAAUCUCCACAGACACCACCAUAGGAAACACAAGACACGCAUCAUACCCUGAAACAGCAAAUUUUACUGUAGUCACCUCAAUACUCUCAGGGACAACUGGAGUAGAGGAACAGUCCAUAGCACCCACUUCCAUCACUUCUGCUUCAGAGACCACAGCGUCUUCUCAAAGCCACAGGACUCAGGCCACGGACACCAUCAGGGAAUCUCAAACCAGCACUAUCUCAGCAGUGAUCACAUCAACGCCUUCAUCAUCCCUAAAUGGACACACCCUUACAGAGAGCACCUCACAGGAGACUUCCACCUCUGGGGAAGCGCGGACUUCAUCUCCUUCUAGUGUCAGCCACAAACCUUCCACAGUGUCAGAAAUGCCCCCGACAACAUCCUCCACAGAUGACACUUCAGCCUCUUCCCCUGCAAGCAACUCACAUGCAGUGACAUCAGAGGUUUCCAUAACAUCAGUAUCAACAGACACCACUGGAGGAAACACAAAACACACAUCACAGUCUGAAACAGUAACUUUUACCCCAGUCACCUCAACGCUCUCAAUGUCAACUGGACUAAGAGAACACUCCAUGGCACGCUCUUCAGUCACUUCUGCUUCAGAGACAACAGCAACUUCUCAAAGUCACAGGACUCAGACCACGGACACCAUCAGGGAAUCUCAAACCAGCACUACCUCAGCAGUGAUCAUAUCAACUCCUUCAUCGUCCCUAAGCAGACACAACCUUACAGAGGGCAUCUCACAGGAGACUUCCACCUCUGGGGAAGCAAGGACUUCAUCUCCUUCCAGCAUCAGCCACAAACCUUCUGCAACCUCAGAAAUGCCCCCAUCAACAUCUUCCACAGAUGACACUUCAGCCUCUUCCCAUGCAAGCAACCUACAUGCAGUGACAUCAGAGGUUUCUAUAACAUCAGUAUCAACAGUCACCACUGGAGGAAACACAAAACACACAUCACACUCUGAAACAGCAAGUUUUACCCCAGUCACAUCAACACUCUCAAUGUCAACUGGACUAAGAGAACACUCCGUGGCACACUCUUCAGUCACUACUGCUUCAGAGACAACAAGGUCUUCUCAAAGUCACAGGACUCAGACCAUGGACACCAUCAGGGAAUCUCACACCAGCACUAUCUCAGCAGUGAUCACAUCAACUCCUUCAUCGUCCCUAAGUGGACACACCCUUACAGAGGGCAUCUCGCAGGAGACUUCCACCUCUGGGGAAGCAAGGACUUCAUCUCCUUCUAGUGUCAGCCACAAACCUUCCACAGUGUCAGAAAUGCCCACGUCAACAACGUCCACAGAUGACACUUCAGCCUCUUCCAGUACAAGCAACAGACAUCAAAUGACAUCAGAGUUCCGCCAAACACCAAUCUCCACAGACUCCAUGGCACCCACUUCCAUCACUUCUGCUUCAGAGACCACAGCGUCUUCUCAAAGCCACAGGACUCAGACCACGGACACCAUCAGGGAAUCUCAAACCAGCACUAUCUCAGCAGUGAUCACAUCAACGCCUUCAUCAUCCCUAAGUGGACACACCCUUACAGAGAUCAUCUCACAGGAGACUUCCACCUCUGGGGAAGCGCGGACUUCAUCUCCUUCUAGUGUCAGCCACAAAUCUUCCACAGUGUCAGAAGUGCCCACAUCAACAUCCUCCACAGAUGACACUUCAGCCUCUUCCCCUGCAAGCAACUCACAUGCAGUGACAUCAGAGGUUUCUAUAACAUCAUUAUCAACAGUCACCACUGGAGGAAACACAAAACACACAUCACACUCUGAAACAGUAACUUUUACCCCAGUCACCUCAACACUCUCAGUGUCAACUGGACUAGAGGAACAGUCCACAGCACCCUCUUCUACCCCAGAGACAUCAGCAUCUUCUCAAAGUUACAGGACUAAAACCAUGGAGACCAUCAGGGAAUCUCAAACCAGCACUAUCUCAGCAGUGAUCACAUCAACUCUUUCACUGUCCCUAAGUGGACACACCCUUACAGAAAGCAUCUCACAGGAGACAUCCACCCCUGAGAAUGCCAGCACUUCAUCUCCUUCCAGCGUCAGCCACAAACCUUCGGCAACCUCAGAAAUGCCCCUGUCAGCAUCCUCCACAGAUGACACUUCAGCCUCUUCGCAUGCAAGCAACUCACAUGCAGUGACAUCAGAGGUUUCCAUAACACCAGCAUCAACAGACACCACUGUAGGAUACACAAAACAUACAACACACCCUGAAAUAGGAAGUUUUACUCCAGUCACCUCAGCACUCUCAAGGACAACUGGAGUAGAAGGACACACAACAGCCUCCUCUUCCAUUACUUCUACUGCAGAGAUGACAGCAUCUUCUCAUGACUACAGGACUCAGAGCAUGGAGAGCAGCAGAGAAUCUCAAACCGACACUACGUCAGUCUUCAUCACCUCAACUCCUUCAUCUUCCCUAAAUGGACACACUCUUACAGAGAUCGUCUCACAGGAGAUAUCCACCUCUAGGAAAGCAAGCACCCUAUCCUCUUCUAGUGUCAGCAUUGCACCUCUAACAACAUCAGUUUUAUUGACAGUACCAACCUCAACAGAUACCACUGUAGGUAAUGGAAAGGACACAUCGACUCCUAUUACUAGAACUGUUAUUCCAGUCCCUUCAACAGUACCCAUGAAAAGUGGACUAGAAGCACAAUCAAUUUCAAUCUUUUCUAGCACAUCUACUCCAGGAACAUCAGCAUCUACCCAGAAUUACCAGACUCCAAGCAUAGAGACCACCAGAGAAUCUGAAGUCAGUGAAAUUACAUCAGCAACCACAUCAGCUCUUUUAUCUUUACCCAGUGGACAUACUCUUUCAGGGAGAAUUCCUCCAGCAAUAUCUCCUUCAGGUGAAGCAAUCACUUCACCUACUUCCAGUGACAGUAAAACACCUUUGACGACAUCAGAGACAUUGACAGCCUCAACUUCAAUAGACACUACUGUAGAAAAUACAGGAGAUACAUCCCUACCUGUAACUAGUAGUUUUCCUCCAUUCAUUCCUAAUGUUUCUACAACAUGGCAGUCAGCAAUACAACCAACACCACUGUCUAUCAGUACUCCAGCUCCAAAAACAUCUACAAUUUUCCAUACCCAUGCAGACACAGAGACAGCAGGAUGGCCUCAUUCCAGCAGUUCAAUGUCAUUCAUUCCAGAUAAAACAACAUUCACUUCCUCAUCCUUCAGUGAUAGCAGUCACACAACUCAGUCACAAAAAGAACUGUUUUCAACACCAGUGGCUUCCACUAUACUGGUUACAGAAAGUUCAUCUUCUUCAAUAGCUAGCAGUAUUUCUUGGGUUACCUCUACAGUCUCAACAGUAGAUGAAGAAGUGCCAACCCCACACUCCUAUCUAAGCACAUCUCCUCAGGAAACAACAGUGGCAAUUUCCAAGACUCACUGGACACAAGGCAUAGGGACCACUGGAGACAUUCAUGUCAGCAGAAGCUCCAAUGUAACCCAAACCAUCAAAACAGUUACAUCUGCAUCUCCUUCAUCCUUACUAAGUGAACACACAUCUCAACAAACUAUAACAGCAAGCCCAUCAAGGCAGUCAACACCACUCUCUAGCAGCACCUCUUCUCAAGAAUCAUCAGUUGUUUCCCAGAUAGGUCAUACUCAAGGUCCACAGACCACACAAGAAUCCCAAACCACAAAUUUAAUCUUCCCCAUGACAGAUACAAUCAAGACAGUCACAUCUGCAACUUCUCCUUUCAAAUCAAGUGGACAUUUGCCCUCAGAAAAUGUUCCUCAGGAUACACCCACUACUGGUGAAGUUACAACCUUCACACCAGCACCCUCAAGGGACAGCCACACAACUCAGGUCGCUACCACUACCACAGAACUAUGGACAUCACCAACCAGUGCUGACACCAGCCCGGGAACAUUAAGAGGCACAUCACUUUCCAUUAAAAGCACCACUUUUCAGAGCUCUGUAGUUUCAACAACACUGGGCCCAAGAGGACAAUCAACAUCCCCUGCUUCUAGUGCCUCACCUGACACAUCAGCCAUUUCCCAAACCCACCAGACACAAAGCACAGUGACCACUGGAGAACCACAUACCAACACACCAGCCUCCUUGGUAACAGAUACCACCUUUUUGGCAGACACCAUCUUGGUGGGCACAGCUACAGCUUCUUCAUCUACAGCAAGCAGCCAAACAACUUUAGGAAGUGCUUUCCCGGGAAUAUCCACCUCAGAUAAGAUCAAGAGUUUCUCACCAACUUUCUCCAGGGAAAACCACAUAACUCAAUCAAAAACUGAAUUGUUGUCCUCUGCAGCAAGUCAUGACACUACUCCAGGAACCAUGGAAUUGGUGUCCGUUAUUGUCCCCAACACCUCUCAAGAAAUAUCAGCUGUUUCCCAGAAGGCUCAGACUCAAAUUAUAGGAAGCACCAGAGGAUCUGAAGCCAUAAGCUCAGUCUCCCAGGUGACUGACACCUUCUCAACAGUUACACCUCCACCUCCUUCAUCUACACCAAAUGUGCGCAUGUUACCAAAAUCCACUGCCCACACUCUGUCAUCUUCAGACACCAGCACAACACUUAUCUCCAACCCAGUCAGAGACAGCCACAGAACCCAAACAGCAAUGCCAAUUUUGUUAUCUGGGGCAACUGAAGGGCCGACUACUGUUGUCUCUACCACCCUGAGUGAUGUAGCCUCUCAUUCUCCUUCUACAGUUUUGGUCACAAGUGAAGUCCAGAGAACAGCUCCAAGCUCAGCCCUCCAUAAAAACAUGACUGCAGUGACAAUUUCCCCUAUGGGUUCUGUCAGUAACUCCAUGACAAAUACCAUGCAAGUCCCAACUUCCUCAGUGGGUGAGUCAAGCUCACCCAUUUCUGAGCAUCCUGCAACUGUUCAAACAGUAGCCUCUACUACUAACCCUACUACAAGGCCAAUGUAUAUGAGUUCUAAGAGUAAUCAUAACAGUGUUGCUGGAUCCAUACCAACUUUGUCAUUUCAACCUACAACAUAUUCUUCAAUCAAGACCACUCCUGAUACUUCUUCAGUGUCUAAGUAUUCUAAGAGUCCAUUGCCUACUCUACAGCCAUCCACAGACUAUGCUUUCUCUGACUUUACUUCCUCUGGUAAUAUGGGCACAGCUCAGACCAUAUCAAGUUUCUAUACUUCAACCAGUGACUCUUCAUUCUCUCAAUCAGCCCCUGGCCCCGCAGUCACCUGGAGCUCCACCACUCUAUUCACAGGGCACUCUGCUCCUCUGUCUGUUACCAGCACUUUCCCAGCAUCCACUGCAUCCUCAAGCUCCAUUGUGAAGACUCAGACACCAGGAGCAAUCACAACUUCACUGAGGACAGGCAGCCAGAGAAGCACAACAUCACUACCACCAACAACCUCCCAGACCCUUACAACGUCCAGUCCCAGCACAUCUACAAGCAAACACUCAACUGCUGUCCCAGUCCCUAUCAAGCCCAAGAAAGGUGUUUCCCUCUUUCCCUAUGGACCAAGCGUUGGAGAUCAGGAGUUUGUCAGGAGGACUGUGGACUUCACCUCACCACUCUUCAAGCCCCAGAUUGGCUUCCCUCUUGGCUCCUCUCUCCGGGAUUACCUCUAUUUCACAGAUAAUGGCCAGAUCAUUUUCCCGGAGUCAGAGUACCAGAUUUUCUCCUACCCCAAUCCUCCCCUUGGAGGCUUCACAGGCUGGGACCCUGUGGCCCUGGUGGCUCCAUUCUGGGAUGAUGCUGAUUUUUCCGGCAGCCAUGGAACCAUAUUUUACCAGGAAUAUGAGACGCUCUAUAAUGAACACAACCUGCUAGUCUGGCAGGUGGAGUCUUGGAUUAAAAAGUUCACACACAUCCGGAACUACAAAGCCAGGUGGACCCUAAAGGUCACAUGGGUCAGUGCCCCUGCCUAUCCUGCCCAGUGGACCUUUGGGACCAACACCUACCAGGCCAUCCUCUCCACAGACGGGAGCAGGUCCUACGCCCUGUUUCUCUACCAAAGUGGUGGUAUGCAGUGGGAUGUGACCCAGCGCCCAGGCAACCCAGUCCUCAUGGGCUUCUCCAGUGGAGAUGGGUAUUUUGAAAACAGCCCACUGACAUUCCAGCCAGUGUGGGAGAAGUAUCAUCCAGACCAAUUCCUGAAUUCCAACUCAGGUCUCCAGGGCCUGCAGGUCUAUAGGCUACACAGGGGAGAAAGGCCCAACCACCGUCUCAGGUGCCUGCAGUGGUUGAAUAGACAGCCCCAGUGGCCCCAAUGGGGCUGGAACCAGGUGUCCUGCCCUUGCUCCUGGCAGCAGGGACUGUGGGACUUACGAUUCCAGCCCAUCAGCAUAGGCUGGUGGGGCCUCGGCAGCAGGCAGCUGUGCCGUGUUUCUUCCUGGCGUGGAGGCGUGUGCUGCAGCUACGGGCCCUGGGGAGAGCUUCUCCAGGGCUGGACAGUGAGCACUCCUUGGCAGUUUGACCAAGAACUGGAGCCAUGGGACUGGUGCUGCCGUGGGAACGACAAGCCCUCCUUCUGUGCCCUGUACCAGCAGAGGCGGCCCCGCAUCAGCUGUGCUGGGUACCAUCCCCCAAGGCCUGCCUGGAUGUUUGGGGAUCCCCACAUCACCACCUUGGAUGGUGCCAGUUACACCUUCAAUGGACUGGGGGACUUCCUGCUGGUCCGGGCCUGGGACAGAAACUCCUCCUUCCUGCUGCAGGGCCGCACUGCCCAGACCAGCUCAGCCCAGGCCACCAACUUCAUUGCCUUUGCAGCUAAAUACAACACCAGCAGCCUGAACCCCAUCACAGUUCGAUGGCUCCUCAAGCCAAAUGACACAAUCCAUGUGCAGGUCAAUAACCAGACUGUGACAUUUGAGACUAACCGUGAAGACCCAGAAGGCCAGGAGACAUUCAACACCACCGGCAUUGUAAUGACCCGCAAUGGCUCCCUCGUGUCAGCCAGCUUCGAUGGGACCGUGACCAUCUCCGUGACCGCCCUUUCCAACAUCCUCCAUGCCUCCUGCAGCCUCCCAGAGGAGUAUCGAAAUAGCACAGAGGGCCUCCUGGGAGUCUGGAACGACAAUCCAGAUGAUGACUUCAGGAUGCCCAAUGGCUCCACCAUUCUCAACAAAAGCGAUGAGUGGCAGCUUUAUCAAUUUGGAAUGACCUGGAAAAUCAAUGAUACGAGACUCCUUGGCAAGAGAGACAACCCUCUGCCUUCCAACUUCACCCCUGUCUUCCUUUUCCAACUGAAGAACAACCACUCGGGUGAAAAUCUGGUCUCUGAGUGUAAUGGAGAUGAGCAGUGCAUUUAUGACAGCCUGGCCACAGGAAACACAAGCACCGGCCUGAACACUAAGAUGCUCUUUAGCAGAUACCAGCUGAUGAACGCCACCCUCAGUAAGUACCCACCUUCUAUCGAGGGUAAGCAUGUGGUGGAAGCCUAUCUGGGGCAGACCAAGCUGACUCAGUACACCAGCGGUUCUGAGAACGUCAUAUUCACCCUAAGAAACAGCAACACUGACUUCAAGCUCUUUGAGAAUGGGACAUUGCUAUGGACACCAAAGUUGUUGGAACCAUUCACUCUGGAGAUUCUAGCAAGAAAUGCCAAAGUCAACUUGUCAUCUGUACUCCAGCCAAAGACAGUGGUCUGUGCCUGCAGGGAAGAGAGCCAGUGUUUAUACAACCAGACCAGCUGGGUGGGCAAUUCCUCCCUGGAGGUGGCCGGCUGCAAGUGUGAUGGGAACAGCUUUGGCCCCUACUGCAAACGCUCCAGGGACCUCUGUGAGGAGCCAUGCUUCCCGAAUGUAAAGUGCAUUCCUGGGGAGGGCUGCGAGGCCUGCCCCCAAAACCUGACUGGGGAUGGGCGUCAUUGUGCAGCUCUGGAGAACUCUCCCCUCUGUCAGAACGUGUCCUGCCCUGUGAAUUACUGCUACAACCAGGGUCACUGCUACAUCUCCCAGACACCAGACUGCCAUCCCACCUGCACCUGUCCCCCAGCCUUCACUGACACCCGCUGCUUUGUGGCUGGGAACAAUUUCACUCCAACCAUCCAUCAAGAUCUUCCCGUAAGAAUCAUCCAGCUCUCACUCAGGGAAGGAGAAAAUGCCACCAUGACAGAUGUCAAUGCCUCGGUGGCCUACAGACUGGGGAAGCUGGAUGUGCGGGCUUUUCUCCAGAACAGCAAAGUGGUACCAAUCAAUUCUGGGGCAACACAGGCCUCAGAAAGAAACCUUCAACGCUGGAGGGUCAUCUCGGAGUUCCAGUACCUCCCUCGGGGUCCUGUUAUCGACUUCCUAAACACCAAGCUGCUGGAUGCAGUGGUAGAGGCAUUCUUACCCCAGGCCUCAUGGAGGAGAUGGAACAGAAGUGAGGGGCCCAGGACCAACGUGAACUUCCAUUCCAUCUCCAGGGAAGAUGUGUACAGUGUGAAGGCUCUGAACGUGAGCAUGCUGAAGACUUACUUCAAAUGCAAUGGCUACAAGGGUUACCACCUGGUCUACAGCCCUCACAGUGGCCUGACCUGUGUGUCCCCGUGCGGUGAGGGCUACUGUGAGCACGGAGGCCAGUGCCAGCACCUGCCCCAAGGGCCCCGUUGCAGCUGUGUGCCCUUCUCUAUCUACACGCCCUGGGGAGAACGCUGUGAGCACCUGAGCAUGAAGCUUGGCGCCUUCUUCGGGAUCCUCUUUGGAGCGCUGGGAGCCCUCUUGUUGCUGGGGGCGGCGGUGUUUGUGGUCCUGCGCUUCUGGUGCUACCCCAGGAACCAGUACUCCUACCCUCUGGACACAGAAAGCUGAGGCCUCACCCCAAAGGGGUAGCUGUGGCCUAAGAUACUUCAGGACCCACCCCAGCCUCACUCACGUAUUGACCAGUACCUUGGCUUUGAGGAGACUGGGAAAAGGAAGGUGCCUGAAGGUGAUUCAGGAUUCUUCAAGGGAAUGAGUAAUAAUAAAGACAAUAGCACACCUUUUCAGUAGACACAGAGGCAGACAGAAGGGGCCAUAAAGACCACCUACUUAAAGGAUGGAUUCUUACCCAUACAUACCUGCAAGAAGGACACUGACCUACAUACACACACAUCAGAGUUAAUAAUGUCUCAGUUGAAAUCCAAAAUGCAUUUGUAUACAAAACUCCAAUUUACUUCUAAUUAAAGUCUAUUUAAGUAAAA